GGCUGGAGGAGGCAGGACAGAGGAAGUCAGCACUGUGGACGCGGGCUGGAGUGGGGCAGAAUCUCUCCCUUCCCGACACCAUGGACAGCUCCCACUAAGGCGGACGCCUCUGCACCCUGGGGGCCUGGGACUCCUAUGCCCCCUUCCUGUCACACUGGGAUUUCAUCUACCAUUCUCUGACGCUGAAGUCACACCCUGGUUCCAGCGUGGGUUACUGGCCGCGAAAGCUGAGCAGACACCAGCAAACUGAUCCCGACCAAUAGCGCCUCUGGACAUGACCCUUCUGGAAGGUUCUGUGGGGGUGGAGGACCUUGUGCUCCUGGAACCCCUGGAGCAGGAGUCUCUGAUCAAGAACCUCCAGCUGCGCUAUGAAAAGAAGGAGAUUUAUACCUACAUUGGGAAUGUGUUGGUCUCGGUGAAUCCCUACCAACCACUGCCCAUCUACGACCUGGAGUUUGUCACCAAAUACCGGGACUAUACCUUCUACGAGCUGAAGCCCCAUAUCUAUGCACUGGCAAGCAUGGCGUACCAGUCGCUGAGGGACCAGGACCGAGACCAGUGCAUCGUCAUCACGGGCGAGAGUGGCGCUGGGAAGACGGAGGCUAGUAAGCUAGUGAUGUCUUACGUGGCGGCCGUCUGCGGGAAAGGGGAGCAGGUGAACUCCGUGAAGGAGCAGCUGCUUCAGUCGAACCCCGUGCUGGAGGCUUUUGGCAAUGCCAAGACCAUUCGCAACAACAACUCCUCUCGAUUUGGAAAAUACAUGGAUAUUGAGUUUGACUUCAAGGGAUCCCCCCUCGGUGGCGUCAUCACAAACUAUCUGCUUGAGAAAUCCCGUGUGGUGAAGCAACUUGAAGGAGAAAGGAACUUCCACAUCUUCUAUCAGCUCCUGGCGGGAGCAGACGCAGAGCUACUGAAGGCCCUGAAGCUUGAGCGGGACCCAGGUGGCUAUGCCUACCUGAACCCGGACACGUCCAGGGUGGAUGGCAUGGAUGACGAUGCCAACUUCAAGGUUCUCCAGAGUGCAAUGACUGUGAUCGGCUUCUCCGAGGAGGAGAUUCGGCAGGUGCUAGAGGUGGCAGCCCUGGUGCUGAAGCUGGGGAACGUGGAGCUGGUCAACGAGUUCCAGGCCAACGGGGUACCAGCAAGUGGCAUCCGUGAUGGGAGAGGUGUUCAAGAAAUAGGGGUGUUGGUGGGUUUGAAUUCAGUGGAACUAGAGAGAGCUUUGUGCUCAAGAACCAUGGAAACGGCCAGAGAAAAGGUGGUCACCGCACUGAACGUCACCCAGGCUCAGUACGCCCGGGAUGCCCUGGCCAAGAACAUCUACAGCCGCCUUUUCAACUGGCUAGUGAAUCGCAUCAACGAGAGUAUCAAGGUGGGUACUGGGGAGAAGAGGAAGGUCAUGGGGGUUCUGGAUAUCUAUGGCUUUGAAAUAUUAGAGGAUAAUAGCUUUGAGCAAUUUGUGAUCAACUACUGCAACGAGAAGCUACAGCAGGUGUUCAUAGAGAUGACACUGAAAGAGGAACAAGAGGAAUAUAAGAGAGAGGGCAUACCAUGGGUGAAGGUGGACUACUUUGAUAAUGGCACUAUCUGUGACCUCAUUGAGCAUAAUCGGCAAGGCAUCCUGGCCAUGCUGGAUGAGGAGUGCCUGCGGCCUGGGGUGGUCAGUGACUCCACCUUCCUGGCAAAGCUGAACCAGCUCUUCUCCAAGCACAGCCACUAUGAGAGCAAAGUCACCCAGAACGCCCAGCGCCAGUAUGACCACAGCAUGGGCCUCAGCUGCUUCCGCAUCUGCCACUACGCAGGCAAGGUGACCUAUAACGUCAAUAGCUUCAUCGACAAGAACAACGACCUGCUCUUCCGAGACUUGUCCCAGGCCAUGUGGAAGGCCCGGCACCCGCUCCUGCGGUCCUUGUUUCCUGAAGGGGAUCCAAAACAGGCAUCUCUCAAACGCCCCCCAACCGCUGGGUCCCAGUUCAAGAGUUCCGUGACCACUCUCAUGAAGAACCUGUAUUCCAAGAACCCCAACUACAUCAGGUGCAUAAAGCCCAACGAGCAUCAGCAGCGAGGUCACUUCUCUUUCGAGCUGGUAAGUGUCCAGGCUCGGUACCUGGGGCUGCUGGAGAAUGUGCGGGUGCGACGGGCAGGCUACGCCUACCGCCAGGCCUACGGGUCCUUCCUGGAAAGGUACCGACUGCUGAGCCGGAGCACCUGGCCUCGCUGGAGUGGUGGAGACCAGGAGGGGGUCGAGAAGGUCCUGGGGGAGCUGAGCAUGUCCUCGGAGGAGCUGGCCUUUGGGAAGACAAAGAUCUUCAUCAAAAGCCCCAAGACUCUUUUCUACUUGGAAGAGCAGAGGCGUCUCCGGCUGCAGCAGUUAGCCACGCUCAUACAGAAGACGUACCGAGGCUGGCGCUGCCGCACCCACUACCAGCUGAUGCGCAAGAGUCAGAUCGUCAUAUCCUCUUGGUUUCGGGGCAACAUGCAGAAGAAACGCUACGGGAAGAUGAAGGCAUCAGCGCUGCUGAUCCAGGCUUUUGCGAGAGGGUGGAAGGCCCGGAAGAAUUAUCGAAAGUACUUCCGUUCGGGGGCUGCGCUCAUCUUGUCGAAUUUCAUCUACAAGCGCAUGGUGCAGAGAUUCCUACUGGGACUGAAGAACGGCUUGCCUUCUCCCAGCAUCCUGGACGAAAAGUGGCCGCCUGCCCCUUACAAGUGCUUCAGCGCGGCCAACCGGGAGCUCCAGAGGCUCUUCCACCAGUGGAAGUGCAAGAAAUUCCGGGAUCAGCUGUCCCCCAAGCAGGUAGAGGUCCUGAGGGAGAAGCUCUGCGCCAGCGAGCUGUUCAAGGGCAAAAAGGCUUCAUACGCCCAGAGCGUCCCUACUCCGUUUCGCGGUGACUACGUCGGGCUGCAAAGAAACCCCAAGCUACAGAAGCUGAAGGGCGGGGCAGAAGGGCCUAUUCUGAUGGCUGAGACUGUGAUGAAGGUCAAUCGUGGCAACGGCAAGACUUCCUCUCGAAUCCUCCUCCUGACCAAGGGGCAUGUGAUCAUCACAGACACCAAGAAUCCCCAGGCCAAGACUGCCAUCCCGCUAAACAGUUUGGCCGGGGUGUCGGUCACCAGCUUCAAGGAUGGGCUUUUUAGCUUGCAUCUGAGCGAGAUCUCCUCGGUGGGCGCCAAGGGGGACUUCCUGCUGGUCAGCGAGCACGUGAUUGAGCUGCUGACCAAAAUAUACCGGGCUACGCUGGAUGCCACGCGGACACAGCUUCCAGUCGCCGUGACUGAGGAGUUCGCAGUGAAGUUCAAGGAGGGCAGCUUGACGGUCAAGGUCGUCCAGGGCCCUGGGGGUGGCGGGACUGGCAAGCUGAGCUGCAAGAAGAAGGGGAGUCGUUGCCUGGAGGUGACUGUACAGUGAGGAGGUGCCGCAGUUUCUUCCUCCUGACGGCACUGGCCCCACCCGUACCCGCCCACCUUUGUGGGGGGAUCUCGAGGCUGAACCCCCUGAUCGGCUGUGGGGCCGGAGAUUGAAGAACCCUUGAAGAGGACCUUGCUUCUCCCAAACCUUCCCAGAACUCUCUCCAAAGUCAGCUUCCUCCCACCCUCGGCCUCUUUGCCCACUAGUAAUGUGACAAGAGACUUUGCGAACGUUUGAUCACGUGGGUGGGUCCCUGCUCCCCCAUCCUUCCUCUGGCUUGUACUUAGACCCUCUGACCCCUCCCUUUCCUCUACUGGGGCUCCUUGGAGCCAGAUAAUGCAGACAAUAAGAAUGAAAAAGAAGGGAAAUUGUCUCUGGGCUC